GGUGUCCUCCUUUGUCCCAGAGCAGCCCAGACCCCACACCCUUCCUUCCUUUCCUCCCCCACGUCCCUUUUCAUGGCCCUAGGAUCCUGGGAGGGAGCAGUGACCGGAGGAGGGAAGGGCAGAGCUGCGGGCACAGGAUGGGAUUUAUGCCUCCCGUCUCCUCUGACCCACUCGGCUGCCUCUCAGCACCUGGAGUUUUCCACACUAGUGGCCCCCCUCAGCUUCCUCCCACCCCCCCUUCCCUCCCUUUGUCUUCCUGCACCCCUGUUUCUCCCUCCCUCAUCCUCCUCAGGGGGAGGGUGCCUCUUGGGGAAGGAAACUGGCAUUGGCAUGGGGUGGGCAGGGCCUUGGGAGAGGUCAGGAGCCCAGGGUGCCAGCUCUGGCCUGUGGGAUGGAAGGUUGACCCGUCCUCACCCAGCCUGCUGUGCCCCACACCCCCUCGUGCCAGGCUCCGCGUGGGCCUGUUUGGCUUCCCUGCAUACCUCUCGUUCCACAGCCCAGCUGGGCAGCGGGGAGGAGGCACCUGAGGGGAGUACAGAGGAGCCUGAUUCGUGAAGGGGGAACAGGGAGGUACAGUCCAGCUCAAUGAUGUCCCCUGUGGCUGGGUGUGCAGGAUCAGCCCCUCAGGGACUGAGCCCCAGCGCCACUUGCCAGAAGGGAACCAGGGCUGUCCCAGCUCUGACCCUGGGGCAGAAAAUGAAAGUGUCCACACUGGGACAGGUCGGGCUUGGGGACCCAGCAGUUUCUAAUCCAUCAUAAUUAACACAGCUGGUGUUCCUGAUAAUUCUGAAUGGGUCACAUUCUGGGCCUGUGAUCUACCUCGGGCCCCUUGGCAGCAGGAUCAAGCUCGAUGAUGAGAGUCAAAGAUCAACUCAGUGAGGGGGAGUUAGAGAUCUGGAGAAAAGUGAUAUGUUGGUGGCCUCACUCAACCCUGCGGCACUCAGAUCCAGGACAAUCCCCAAGUAUGGAGCACUUGUUGACAGAAGCAGACACGAGCUCAAAGGGAAAGAAGUGCCUUCCCCAGUCACCUGGGUCAGUGGUGGGGUCGAGCUGAAAUCCAGGUGGGUUAGACUCCAGAACUGCUGGUCUCUCCCACCUUCCCGCCUCCUCAUUCAACGGUAAUCUUCCUUGGAGACUCAAAUGUCCCAACUCCUAGGUCCUUGAGUGUCUUGGGUUGUCCUCCCCACCCUGAGAGGGUGGCACUGCAGCCCCCCUGCAGGCUGCUUGUGGGCUGGAAUUCAUUCUCAUCCUCCCUUGCUUCUGUCUCUCAGUCACCUUUUCUCCUGUCCCUCUGAUCCGUUCCGGGCCCCCAUGAAAGCUCACUCAGAGCUGGAGCUUCCCCUUGGCUCCCAGUGCCUCCCUGGAGGCUCCUCCUUGGCUGUUUCCGUCUGUCACUCCUGCCGCGUGUGCUGGGCUCACUCCUCUGACCUGCCAGGAAGCAGAGAGACCCGGAGAGAGGGAGGGACGCAGAACCUGGAGACAGACCUGAGCCGAGGAAGAGGCAGGCAGAGGCUGCAGCUGGACUCGUGCCCUUCCCCUCCCUCCCUCCCAGCCUGCCUUGGCACCCUCCUGAGCCAAAGCCCCUUCAAGUUCCCCAGGGGCUCUACCCUCCCCCUCUCUGGGGCACCAGCCCCUCAGGGCCCUGCGUCCCACCAUGUCGGUGGCCGUGGAAACCUUUGGCUUCUUCAUGGCAGCCCUGGGGCUGCUGAUGCUGGGGGUGACCCUGCCAAACAGCUACUGGCGAGUGUCCACCGUGCACGGAAAUGUCAUCACCACCAACACCAUCUUCGAGAACCUCUGGUAUAGCUGUGCUACUGACUCAAUGGGAGUCUACAACUGCUGGGAGUUCCCGUCCAUGCUGGCCCUCUCUGGGUACAUCCAGGCCUGCCGGGCGCUCAUGAUCACCGCCAUCCUCCUGGGCUUCCUCGGCCUCUUUCUAAGCAUAGUGGGGCUGCGCUGCACGAACAUUGGGAGCAUGGUGCUCUCCAGGAAAGCUAAGCUGGCAGCCACCGCGGGGGCCCUACACAUGUUGGCUGGUGUCUGCGGGAUGGUGGCCAUCUCCUGGUACGCCUUCAACAUCACCCGGGACUUCUUCGACCCCCUGUACGCUGGAACCAAGUACGAAUUGGGCCCUGCCCUCUACCUGGGCUGGAGCGCCUCCCUGAUCUCCAUCCUGGGUGGCAUCUGCCUCUGCUCAGCCUCCUGCUGCGGCCCUGACGAGGACCCCGCCGCCAGCCCCCGGCUCCCCUACAAGGCCUCCACGUCUGUGGCGCCCCUCUCCGCGUCGGGUGAAGAAGGCGACAGCAGCUUUGGCAAAUACGGCAAAAACGCCUAUGUGUAGGAGCUGCAGCCUGUGAGCCCCAUUUUCCUUCCCGCUGCCCCAGAGGAGAGGGGUCGCCGCCGGGUCCCACCCUCCCAACAGCUUAAGGGGAAGGCCACGCCCCAGGCUCCACCCUGUACCCCAAGCCACGCCCAUCAACGGGCCCUCCUCUCCGGCUAGAGCCACACCCCGGCCACGCCCCCUUGCCUUGCGCUCCUGGGGCCUUCCAGGCCAAGAACCGCAGUGAGAAGUCCCUUUGGCUGGAUCCCUCCCUCCUCAUCCAUCUUCUGAGCCUGGGCUCUGGGAUGUGAAGGGAACGGAGGUGUCCCUGAGUGUGUGUAUUGUAUAUAAAUACAUACAUAAAUAAAUGUAUAUUAUGACUGUU